AUGGAUCCUUGUAAUAAUCCCAACGCAGCAAGGUACCAGAGGCAGAGAUCGUUCUCCGCCGCCGUCGACGGAGACGGCGACGGUGGCGGCGGAAGUUCCUCCCGAGAUGUCACUGGCGACGGCGGCGACACGAAGAAGAAGAAGAAGAUUCUUCACCGAGACAUCGAGCGGCAAAGAAGGCAAGAAAUGGCAGCCCUUUUUGCCUCUCUCCGUAAUCACCUUCCUCUUGAAUACAUCAAGGGAAAGAGAGCGGUUUCUGAUCACGUGAACGGAGCGGUGAAUUUCAUCAGGGAUGCUCAAAAACGAGUCAAAGAAUUGAGUGCAAGAAGGGAUGAGCUAAGGAGAGUGAUGGGUUCGAGUCAUCAUGAGUCAGAUCCGGAUCAAGCCGGGUCCAGCGGAUCGGGUCCGGCGAGUGUGAUGGUGCAGCCAUGCGUGAGUGGCAUUGAGGUUGCCGUCAGCAGUGCCGUGACCGGUCCUGAAGCUUUGCCCCUCUCCAGAGUUCUCCAAGUUCUUUACGCACAUGGCCUUGACGUUAUCAGCUCUCUAACCACACGAGUCAACGAGAGGCUCAUGCACACCAUACAAGUCGAGGUCAAUAGCUUCGGUUGCUUAGACUUAGAUUGGUUGCAGCAGAAGCUCAUGGAAGAGCUCAUACUCUCAAGGGGUUAAACCUAACAUUCUUCUUUCAUGUUCAUUGUAUGAUUCCGGUCCAUUUGCUCUUUUGUUUUUUGUUUUUUCAUGCGCCUCAUUGAUCGAUCUUCAUGUAGGUUGGAUGUUUUUUUACUUGGAGUAGCUAGGGUUUUUGUUGUUCUUGUGAGAAACUCUAAGUUUUCCUUCUGUUUUAGUGGAGGGAUGAUUUCUUUGGGAGGUGAAGUUCGAACCCUUUAGUUUG